UGUUUGGUCCAGACGCGGCAGGAGGCAUGUCCAUUAUCGGCUUAGCGGACUGAGCCUCGGUCCCAGUGAACCCAGACCGGCCUCCGGGACUCCGGGAGCAGCUCUGCCUCAGACAUGGACGUCACCCUGCUUCUGUCCGCCAUCAUCUGCACUCUGUUAGCUCUGGUAGUGGCCACGUCCCUCCUGAACGGAUCCGCCGGAGAGUUCGCCAACCCCAGGAACUACUUUGGACACAGAGACAGUUCAGCCGGAGGAGCGGAUGGGUCUGGACCCAGGCACAACGGAUAUUUACCGGACAAGAGGAAGAAGAAGGCGGCGGUGGACGACUGGAGUGACCUGAGCGGAAGCUCCCACGACCACUGGGAUGUGGUGAAGACGGUGCUCUCAAAUGAAGGAGCCACAGAGAACCCGGGCAGCAACGAUAAAGUGGAAUCGAAGUUUAAUAAUUUCAUGAAGUACAUCCCUGGAAAGUCACAAUCCCACCAUUUGCAAACGAUGAUGUCUAAAGAGGAGCUGGAGGAGGAGCAGAGGAUAAAGUCCAACACAGACUUUAACUGUCUGUAGCCUGUUGGAGAGGCAGAGCUUUUCUGUGGGUUCAACAGGAGCAGCUGGCCGCCAUCUUCCAACUACUGAAGGACAACAAGGAGACGUUUGGGGAGGUGACGGAGGGAGACAUGGAGGAGCAGCUCAAACUC